CCGCCGUGGGGCGCCAUGGCUGCGGCCGCCCGGCUGAGGCGGCGGCUGCUGCUGGCGGUGCCGUGCCGCUGGCGCUGUAGCUUCCGCCGCGGUAGUGCCGCCUGCCCGUCGGCGGGGCAGAUCCGCGCCGCCUUCCUGCGUUUCUUCGAAGAGCGCCACGGCCACCGCCGCCUGCCCUCGGCCCCCGUGCGGCCCCGCGGCGACCCGCGCCUCCUCUUCGUCAACGCAGGCAUGAACCAGUUCAAGCCCGUUUUCCUGGGCACGGUGCACCCCCGGAGCGAGCUAGCCCAGCACAGGCGGGUGGUGAACAGCCAGAAGUGUGUGCGUGCGGGAGGGAAGCACAACGAUCUGGAGGAUGUGGGCCGAGAUACUUACCAUCACACAUUCUUCGAGAUGCUGGGCAAUUGGUCCUUCGGGGAUUACUUUAAGGAGGAGGCAUGUAGCAUGGCAUGGGAGCUCUUGACAGAGGUCUAUGAGAUCCCCAAAGAUCAUCUCUACGUCACCUAUUUUGGUGGAGACCCCUCCCUGGGGCUGAGCGCAGAUGAGGAGUGCAGGGAUGUGUGGCUUCGCCUGGGGGUUCCUGCCAGUCACGUGCUUCCUUUCCCACUGAAGGAUAACUUCUGGGAGAUGGGGGACACAGGUCCCUGUGGUCCCUGCACAGAGAUCCACUACGACCAUGUGGGUGGUGGCAGAAAUGCUGCAGCACUGGUGAACCAGGGCAGCCCUGAUGUAGUGGAGAUCUGGAACUUGGUCUUCAUGCAGUACAGCAGAGAGGUUGAGGGGAAUCUCCUUCCCUUGCCACAGCACCAUGUGGAUACAGGAAUGGGUCUGGAAAGGCUGGUGACAGUUCUGCAGAACAAACGCUCCAACUAUGACACAGAUCUCUUCACUCCCAUCUUGGAUGCCAUUCACAAGGGCUGCAGGGCACCCAGAUACCAGGGUUUGAUCGGGGAUGCUGAUGUUGGGCGUGUGAACAUGGCCUACCGCGUGGUGGCAGAUCACGUGCGCACCUUGUGCAUCUGCAUCACUGAUGGCAUUUACCCAGGCUUCUCUGGAGCAGAAUUGGUGCUGCGUCGGAUCCUGCGCAGGGCUGUACGCUUUUGCUCCGAAAUUCUACAGGCUCCACCUGGGCUCCUGGCCUCCCUGGUGCCUACUGUAGUGGAAGUGCUGGGAGAUGCUUAUCCAGAGCUGACAAGGAAUGCUAACCAGAUCAAGGAUAUCAUCAAUGAGAAUGAGGCCACGUUUCUGUCCUCCCUGGAGCGUGGGAGGCGCAUCAUUGAGCGGACAGUGCAGCAGAUGGAGCCCUCCACAAAUUUUCCAGCUGAAGUAGCCUGGUCUCUCUAUGGGAGUUUGGGAUUCCCUCUAGAUCUGAUUGACUUGAUGCUUGAAGAGAAGGGAAUCAGUUUGGAUUCCACUGCUUUUAACGAACUUGCUCUGGAAGAUGCGAAGCGGAAGGCUGGUGGCCCACAGGCAGAACAGCCAGGGAACACAAACACCCACCUGGAUGUGCAUUCGCUGGCUUGGCUGCAGAGCAGCAAUGUGCCUGCUACUGAUGACUCUCCGAAGUACGCCUACACACUGGGGCAGCAUGGGCAGUAUGAAUUCAGUCCGUGCCAGGCCACUGUCCUGAUGCUGUACAGAGGUCAGUCUCUCCAUGAGGAGGUUGGGGCAGGGCAGCGCUGUGGUGUCAUCUUGGACAGGACUAACUUCUAUGCAGAGCAGGGAGGGCAAGACUCUGACCAAGGCUACAUGAUACCUUUAGGACAGCAGGAUGUACUCUUCCCUGUAGAGUCAGUUCAUCUCUGUGGUGGCUAUGUGAUCCAUGAGGUCACUGCUGUGGAAACCCUGCGUGCUGGCGACCAGAUGCAGCUCUUUGUAGAUGAGGUGCAGCGCCUGGCCUGCAUGACAAACCACACCGCCACUCACCUGCUGAACUUUGCACUCCGACGUGUCCUGGGUGACAGCACCGAGCAGCGGGGCUCCCAUGUGACAGCAGAGCGGCUGCGCUUUGACUUUGAUACCAAGGGCCAUGUGACUGUGGAGCAGCUACAGCAAGUAGAGCAAGUGGUCCAGGAUCUGAUCCAAAAAAAUGAGGUGGUGCAUAUGGCUGAAGUCCCCCUCACACUGGCAAGAAGAGUUCAGGGACUUCGUGCAGUGGAUGAGGGGUAUCCUGAUCCAGUGAGGAUAGUGUCCCUGGGUGUCCCUGUGGAGAAUGUGCUGACCUGUGACUCCAAGGCUGCAGUGCAGACCUCUGUGGAGCUCUGCUGUGGGACUCUGAAACCAACCUGGAAGCCACAGAGCACCAGCAGAGUAUGGGAAAGGCACCUUCUCCAAACAGGAUCUGUGGAAGAUCUGGCCAUCAUCAGUGAACGUCAGCUUGUCAAAGGGAUUAGCCGUGUCAUUGCAGUGACAGGGGAACGAGCCAAAGAGGCCCGGGAAGUAGGCCAGUGCUUGGCUAUGGAAGUGGACUCUGUCUCCCUACGAAUGAAGCAGAGGAUCACCUCUAUUCCUGAGAUGCAGAACCUCUCCAAAGAAGUGGGCCAGUUGACCAAAGUGGUGGCCAGUGCUGCAAUGCCCCAGUGGCAAAGAAAAGAACUACAGACUAUCCUGAAAGUACUACAGCGAACAGCCAACACAGCUGUCAAGAAACUGGAGCUGCAGCAGGCUGAGAAGGUGGCACAAAUCUUGCUAGCAAAAUACUGCAACCAGCCUGUCAUCAUUGAUACUGUCCCAGUUGAUUCCCUCUCUAUCCUAAUGAAAGUAGUGAACCAGCUGUGUGACAAGUCUCCUGGCACAUCAGUCUUGCUGCUCAGCCCUCAAGCUUCGGGUGAGGUGCUCUGUGCCUGUCAGGUGUCCAAGAACUGCCUUCCUGUGUUCUCUGCUGCUGACUGGGCUGUGGCUGUCUGUACAAAGAUGGAAGGGAAAGCAGGAGGCUCUCCCAUCGUAGCUAAGGGCAGUGGAAAUGCCAAAGGCAUGCAGGGAGCCCUGACUACUGCGCUGGAGUUUGCUCAGAGCAAACUGUGAUGCUUAAUGCCAGAACAGCUGUAUGCACCCAGCUGGACACUUGAUACCAAGCAUAUACUCUGCUCAUCUGAAAGGAUUAGCAGCUGAACAUUGCUGCAACCACUGCCUUGGAGCACUUGAAGCACAUGACUUCUGACCAUCCAGGAUCAGCAGAGACCCUGCUGACAGAAUGAUGCUGCCUGUAUACAGCAUGAGCAUAUGGGGAUGGAGCCUUGGAAAGCAACAGCAGAUCCUGCUUCUCAUGGAACAGUGCAGAUCUUGCCACAAGACCAGCACAGAGAUUUUGUGAGAAUAUGGGGAGUUGGCACUGUUACUUUAAAGCCAUUAAAGGGUAGAGAGUGUCCAAUAACUUGA